GCUUUUACAGUUUUUCCCUGUAUAUAGUACUGGAACUUACUGUUAACCUAUUUACAAUUUUUUUCCGUAGCGUUUUUACAAUAUUUCACUGUUAAAAUCACAUUCAUUUUUUACAGUGUAGUAAUGAGGUAUUUCACCGGGACAGUGAAUUUCUAAAGUAGGGAUGUGUGUAGUGGGUUCGUUAUUUUUUUUUUUUUUUUGGUGACGACAUCACGGAAGAAUGCGUGUUAAGUAACUUCCAUUAGAAUUAGUUAAACGAUGUAUGGCGCGACUCUGUGGAGACACGCGCAUGGUUGUUUGGCGUUGUACUGGUGGGAGUGUGGAGAGCGGCUGCACAUAGUGCACAGCUUGAUUGUCUGUUCUCCCGUUUGUGUUGCUGAUUACCCGGGCAGGUCAUUUGAUUUACUGUGUGCGAUAAACAGAAUAUUGUUUGUUUUUGAGCAUAUGUUUUGUUUUGUUGUAGCAAUAAACCGGGCAUCGCGGUCACUGAUUCGGAGCUGUAUGUCUCUUAUGUUUUUCCCCGUUUGUGUUGCUGAUGAUACCUGGGUAGGUCAUUUGAUUAUUAUGUGCAAAAAGUAGAGUGUUGUUUGUUCUGGAGAAUGUAUGCUUUGUUUUUGUUGUAGUAACAAACCUGGCAUCGCUAAUUUGGAUUUGUGCGUCUCUUAUUGGGAGUCUAUCCCCAUUCAUGUGGCUGAUAAUAUCCAGGUAUGAAGAUGAGAAUGAUCAACGAGACAAUAGCGUUAAUUCUCACAGGUGUUGUGUGCCUCUUCGUUAUCAUGAACAAAAAUGACACUGAAGACGACGUGACACUGAAUAGCAAGGACACAUAUGAGAUGCUCCGUCAUGAAACCGAUUUGCUCAGAUCUGAAACUCCCCAGCCUUUGUUUUCACAAUGUCAGCAGAAUAUGUCUGCUUAUAAUGUGACAGGAUUUUCUACUCUGCCAGGUCAUAUCCAAGAUUUCCUGCUUUACCGACACUGUAGGAAGUUUCCCAUGCUGCUUGACCAGCCUGAUAAGUGUGGCGGACCCCUGAACUCUGCAGAUGUCUUUCUUCUGCUGGUCAUCAAGAGUUCUCCAGAAAACUACGAUCGACGAGAAGUCCUGCGGAAAACAUGGGCUAAGGAAAGACUGUACAAAGGUGUGUGGAUCCGUACAGUCUUCAUAAUCGGAACAACAAAAACUGGCUAUGAGAAGCGCAGGUUGAAUAAGCUAUUGAGGCUGGAGAACAAUGAGAACAAGGACAUUUUGCAGUGGGACUUCAAUGAUUCGUUCUUUAAUCUCACAUUGAAGCAGAUCCUUUUCUUAGAGUGGAUGGAAAGAUGGUGCCCAAAUGCUAGAUUUCUCUUAAACGGGGACGAUGACAUCUUUGCCAAUACGUUUAACAUGGUUGAGUAUCUUCAAGGUCAAGAGGACAAUGAUGGAAGUAAACAUCUCUUUACCGGGCACCUCGUCCAGAAGGCAAAGCCUAUUAGACAGUCUUCAAGUAAAUACUAUGUCCCUGUGCAGGUUCAGGAGUCUGAGAGCUAUCCUCUGUACUGUGGCGGAGGAGGCUUUCUUCUCUCCGGCUUCACGGCCAGAACAAUCUACAAAAUGUCUCACUCUAUAAUUCUAUUGCCCAUUGAUGAUGUUUACAUGGGAAUGUGUUUGGAAAAGGCUGGCCUCAAACCUACGUCCCACUUUGGUGUAAGAACUGCUGGUCUGCAUGUCCCAGGUGAGGACGUCGACAAAUUUCACCCUUGCUAUUACAGAGAAAUCAUUUUAGUCCACAGAUUUCUGGCGCACAUGAUUUUUGUGAUGUGGAAUGAAAUACAAAACCCACAUUUGCAAUGUGGAAAGACAAAUUCUACUUUUUAGAGAAGACUAAACAAAAGAACAGGGUGUGUGAUUAAUUAUAAAGGGAAACAUAAUAGCUUGCUGGAGUUGAUGUGAUCAAGCUUGUUUUUAAUUGAAUGUUUUUAUAUGAAUUAACUUUUUUUCUACACCGGGUUUUACCAGUGUCACUUUUCAAAUCAAUAAUGUGGUGUAUUGCACUUUAUCUGAAAUGAAAAGGGUGGCUGAUUUCUUUCUCAGCAGUAGUAGCUGUAGUCUUCAUGGUUUUUAUGCGUGAAUUUAAAUUUAAAUCUUAUUUUAUCAGGAUAGUUAAUUAAGUGUAUGAAGGGUCAUUCACUCUGCAAAUGAAGGUUUUUACACCUCUGAAUGUUUAACUGUAACAGAGUGCAAAUAGGCCUACCUGUGGGCUAAUUAUAGGUUUUGGAAUGGUUCUGCUUUUUUGAAUAUUUAUGUGUACAGUAUAUUGUGUUUUACUUGUUGCUUUUUUAUUUGACAAUAAAGCUCUUUCUGAUUCUGA